AAAAAAAAAACGUGACCUUUUUGCAACCUAUUCCCCCACCUAACAAAGCCAGCAACAAAAGAGUCCAAACGACGAAAUUUCCAUCACACUCUGCUCUCCCACUACCACCACCAAUCCCGCCAUGUCCCUCGUAGCGACAGCUCCCUCCUCCGACGGCCCUAUCAUUGCUGAAGUCGACAUGGGUGCCGAUUCCUCUGCUCCCGUCGUCAGAGCCACCGUUGUACAGGCUUCCACCGUCUUCUACGACACUCCCGCCACUCUUGAUAAGGCUGAAAGACUGCUAGCUGAAGCAGCUGGGUAUGGUGCUCAGCUAGUUGUGUUUCCUGAAGCUUUCAUCGGAGGCUACCCUAGGGGUUCGAAUUUCGGAGCUGCCAUCGGGAACCGAACCCCAAAGGGAAGGGAAGAGUUCCGCAAGUAUCAUGCUGCAGCCAUUGAUGUACCUGGUGUUGAUUCAGGUCCGGAAGUGGAUCGUUUGGCUGCCAUGGCUGGGAAGUACAAGGUGUUAUUGGUGAUGGGAGUGAUAGAGAGGGAUGGAUACACACUCUACUGCUCGGUUCUGUUCUUCGAUGCUCAAGGUCAUUACUUAGGGAAGCACAGGAAGAUGAUGCCUACGUCAGUUGAAAGAAUCGUCUGGGGGUUUGGAGAUGGAUCGACCAUUCCUGUUUUCGACACUCCUGUGGGGAAAAUAGGUGCUGCCAUCUGCUGGGAGAACCGAAUGCCCCUCCUAAGGACUGCCAUGUAUGGGAAAGGUAUUGAAAUCUACUGUGCACCUACAGCUGAUUCGAGGCCAACUUGGCCAGCAUCAAUGACUCACAUUGCUCUCGAGGGUGGAUGUUUUGUGCUGUCCGCAGACCAAUUCUGUCGUCGCAAAGAUUACCCUCCCGCCCCUGAGUAUGUGUUUGCAGGGACAGAGGAAGAGCUCGACCCAGAUUCUGUUGUGUGUGCUGGAGGCAGUCUCAUUAUAUCUCCAAUGGGGACGGUUUUAGCUGGACCUAAUUACGAAGGAGAGGCACUGAUAUCUGCUGAUUUAGACCUUGGAGAAAUUGCAAGAGCAAAGUUUGACUUCGACGUGGUGGGGCAUUACGCUAGGCCUGAAGUUUUGAGCUUGACUGUUAGAGACCAUCCAACGACUGCAGUUACAUACACUGCAUCAUCAGCUGCUGCAAAAACCGAAAGCUCUCAGAAGAAGUAAAAGUCUGUUUUCAGAAUCCAACAUGCCAAUAGCAGAAGGUUCUGAAAGACAAGAGCUGCAGAGUUUCCUGGAGGACUCUUUCCUGAGGUAGACCAUUUAUAACUCUGUACAAUGUUACUAAGGACCGAGUGUUGUGUGCCUUCCAGGGUUAGGCACAUUGAACUUGAACCAGAAAAAAAGCACUUGAGAAUUCCUGCCAUAGCCAUUGUCUUUUUGUAUCAGAUCAAUUCUUGUGACAAACCAGAUAAAGAACGAUUAUCUCAAUUCGGUAACCAUCAUGGGCUGAUACCCUUCUAAUCCGACGUUUACCGCUGUAGAAUCGACACAUGUGGGGUGAUUUACAAAAUUACCAUUGAAGUGAUCAAACGGAUAUAAACGUGCGGAAGGGGAACAAAACGUUAUCUGUU